AUGGUGAAGAUACUUGGACUUCAUUAUAUAAAGAUUGAAGGUCAUAAAGGGAAAUAUUUUACAGUCAUGCAAAGUGUUUUCUACCCUGAUGAGAGAAUACUUGAAAGGUAUGAUUUGAAGGGUUGUGAAGCAAGUAGAUACACUGAACCUGAACCUGAAAACAGUGAGAUUAUCACAGUACUUAAAGAUAAGAAUCUCAAAGGUUAUCAAAUAGAUUUAGGAGAACAAAGACAAUGGUUUUUAGAUCAAGUUCAAUACGAUACAGAAUUUCUUGAGCAAAUUGGUGUUAUGGAUUACAGUUUGUUGCUAGGAUACCAUCCAAUACAUUUCACAGAGCGACAGCAAGAAAACCAGUUUGCUCAUGUUGUUGUUAGAGUUCAGAAGUCAGUUCCGUUGAAGAGAUCAGAAGCUACCAUUGCUAAAAUGCUGUGUGACAAAUGUAAAGAAAUGAGAAAAGAUGAAAAGAACAAAGGAAGAGAGACGAGUGAUGAAAUUACUGGCAAUGAACUGAAAGAUGAAACAACUCAUGACCAAACCCCAACUGAAUCACCGAAAACUACAGCAGGGAAUAAGUUUAAACAAGCCAGUAAAGACGCUGUAAUGCUUCCCAAUAUGGUUCCAACAACACCGGAAAUAGCAAGAUUACAUGAGAACAGGGAAUCUACAGUGGAGUUAGAUCAGCUAAAACAAAAGAAUAUGCGUUUGUUAUUAGAAAAAACCAAUGCUUUGAAUAUCAUAGAUGGUAAAAAUGAUCGCUAUUUUAUGGGUAUUAUUGAUUUUUUCACUGAAUACAAAGCAAAGAAGAAAGCAGAACACAUCUAUAAAUCGAUAAGAUAUCCAACUUCUUCUUUCUCAACCGUCUCACCGAGUAAAUAUGCACGUAGAUUUCGCAAGUUUAUGGAGGAUAAUUCAAAAUAG